GAAACGAUCCAUUUCUUCUGCAGGUUAAUGCAGCCCGCGCCUUCGUUCCUCUUCAACCGCUUGAUGGACGACUUGCAGUACAUGGUCUGGCUCACAUUCACGGAUGUCAACGGCGGUGGAUGCGUUGGACAGUACAGCCACCCAGAAUCGCCCCUUCCCGGUUCCUCGUGGAGGGGCAAGGUGGUGUCGUUCGACCGUAUCAAGCUCUUCUCGGACGAGGGAUACAACAAGCAGCUGCGACCACCUAUAACCCUGAAAAUCGACGCCACCUACCGCAUACAAGUGAACAUCGGAGCUGUCGACGACAGCGGACACAUUCUGAGCAGAUCAGUCGCCCGCCAGUUCGUCGGCAACGCCUUCAUUGCAGUCAGCCAUGCCUGCAGGAACGUACCGAGCUGAUGGAACCAAGCUCGGAGCUUUAUUUGCCAUGUUUGUGUGUUUUUCUUCUAGCCUAGCGCAUGUCCACGCAAGCGGUCGGAUCAAGAAAGCGCGCUAAUUUU